UAUUACAGCCUUCUUUCUCUUCCAUAUAGGCCCAUCAAACAGCCUGGAAAUAAAACACUAAAGACAGUUCUGAGGUCCCUGUCUGAAACUGCUGGUCAGAGGUGAUUUUAGAGGUUAGCACAUCGAACCACGUGGAAGGCUCAGUCUGCUCGUCAACGUUAUUUUCACAGGAAAAAAGAUGGUGGCUCUCAUUAACACUAAUUUUGUAGCAGCUUCCCAGUUCUCAGUUGCAGUUUGGGUUCUGAUAUCAGAACACCAGGAUUUUAAUCUUAUCUCCACCACACAGUAGCUUUGCCACUUUGGGCAAGCUGUUCAACCUCUAUGCCUCAGCACAAAUCCUGCAAAACAUAGUGUCUUAGCCCACUGUGCUAGAAUGAGCAUGCUGGAACCCCAGAACUCUGGGGGGCUAGGGCAGUGGGGCUGCCUGGAGUUUGAGGCCAACCUGAACUACAUAGUCAGUUACAGAUCAGCCAUAGCUACACAGUGAAUGGCAUUUAAGGUAUUUAAAAUAGCACCUUUGCACUCGGAAUGUUCCUUAUCACUUUGGUGAUAAUAUGUAGUACUAUAUUUACAUAAGUUCUAUGUUAAGGACAAAAUAUCUCCCGUGAGAAGAAAAACAUGCUAAAAAAAUAACGCAAAUUGUGUCCGAUUGCCACAAAGUGAAUGCACGAGAAAAUUAAAGUACCUUAAAAUGUAAUUUAGAUUAAGAGGGAUCUGGACUCGUGCACACGUCGUCUUUACUUUCCUACAAUUAGUUUAGAUGCUUCGUGACUUGGUCCUUCUCUUGCCCUCUUCAAAGCGUGGAGUUUGUUGGAAUGCAAGGUACAGUUCUCAGAAACGCUGGCCGCCUGACAAGCUGGCUGUUUGGCUAGUUUGAGGGCCGAGGAUGCUGCAGCAAGAAGUGGGUUGGGGCAGGCCAGCUCUGCUGCUGGAGAUGGAGGACCAAUAGCCUCCGACAAGGCGCAUCGGCGGGAUGGAGCAGCCAAGGUCUUUGUGAAGGUUCCUCUGGCCUUUCCCGAGCCCAGCGGGAACCUGAAGCGCCAUGGGGGUGUUGAUGUCCAAGCGGCAGACGGUAGAGCAGGUGCAGAAGGUGAGCCUCGCUGUGUCAGCCUUCAAGGAUGGGCUGCGGGACAGGCCUUCCGUUAGACGUGGGGGCGAGCCCCCAGGGUCCCGCCGUGGCACUGUGGAGGGCGCUGUGCAGGAAGUGCAGGAGAAGGAAGCAGAGACGAGCGGCCCUGUGGUCCAGGAGGAGAGCAGUAUCAACCGGGCGGCCUGGGAGCGCCUCCGAGACGGGCGUGGAGUUGAGCCUGAGGAGUUUGACAGGACCCGUCGAUUCACACCCCCUGCCUUCAUUCGUCCCACCCGGAAGCUGGAUGACGACAAGCCUCCAGAGAUCUGCCUGGAACCUCGGGAGCCUGUGGUCAAUGAUGAGAUGUGUGAUAUCUGCGAGGUCUGGACCGCCGAGAGCCUCUUCCCAUGCAGAGUCUGCACCAGGGUUUUCCAUGAUGGUUGCCUGCGCCGCAUGGGCUACCUCCAAGGGGACAGUGCAGCGGAGGUGACCGAGUUGGCCCAUACAGAAACAGGCUGGAGCUGCUACUACUGUGACAACCUUAACCUGCUGCUCACUGAGGAGGAGAUGUACAGCCUCACAGAGACCUUCCAGCGGUGUAAAGUCAUCCCCGAUUGUUCCCUGACACUGGAAGACUUUGUGCGCUACCGUCAUCAAGCAGCAAAGCGAGGGGACAGCAGCAGGGCCCUGAGUGAUGAGCAAGAGGAGCAGGCAGCCCGCCAGUUUGCAGCCUUGGACCCUGAGCAUCGUGGCCAUGUGGAGUGGCCUGACUUCUUGUCCCAUGAGUCCCUCCUGCUGCUGCAGCAGCUGCGUCCCCAGAACUCUCUAUUGAGGCUUCUUACAGUCAAGGAGAGGGAACGGGCCCGAGCCACCUUCCUGGCACGGGGCCAUGGGAGCACCAUCAGUGAGGCAGAGUGCCACCAUGCCCGGCACUCUUGGUUCUGUAAAGGCCCUGCAGAGGCUCCUUCGUGCAACGUCAGCGUUAGCCAUGUGGGUCCCAUAGCAGACAGCAGCCCAGCCAGCAACAGCAGCAAGAGUCAGGAUAAGGCCCUGCUGCCCGCAGAGCAGGCAUCUAGAUCUGUGGACUGGCCCACCUUCCUAAGAGAGAAUGUCAUCUACAUCUUGGCUGCUCGUCCUAACAGCACAGCGAUUCAUCUGAAACCCCCAGGGUAGUGCGGGCACACAAGCUUGGUUCUGGGACGGUGGCACCCUCUUCCUCCUUCCCUUUCUCUGUCCUUUACCAGCCUCUGGCAUGGAGACUCAUGGGAAUGGGACACUGCCAACAUCUUAUUUUGUCAUUAAGCUUUCUGGCACUGAAGCCACCGCUCCGCUCACAACAGAGGCGGUAUAUGUCAAUACACUGAGAAGCCCCGAGAGCCGCAGCGACACCUGCUACUGGACCGCCUCCUUCCCUCACGUCACAAAACUACCUGGCACCCCAUGUACAUAUAUGUGCACACGCACAUACAGCCACAUACAUGCCUAGAUAUCCAUGCCUCCAAACUCCUGGCUCGCUUCUCCGUGAAAAAGGACCAGAAUCCCUCUGGGAAACUCUGUAUAGAUGAGAUAGUCUCGUCUUACUCUUUUUAUUGGCCAGUCCUUGUUUCCAAUAGAAAGAGGGAACAGAUCAAACUCCUGCCCCUCCAGGAGGUGCUGAGAGGUCCCCUGCCCACACUGAAACCCCUUCAGUGAUGAGCCACUGUUAUUCCUAAGUGUGCUGUGGUAUGCUGUGGUGAGAACACUUAAAAAUCAUCCCAGUUCCUUAUGAUAGAAAAGGAAACAAGCUUGUUGAUUCCUGACUGGAGAAAGUGGAGAGAGCCUCUCACAGGGACCCAGGAUUCUAGGCACUUUUUAACCAGAUCAUCCAACUUCACAAGUCCUUAGAACAGGAAAGCCAAGGUGAGACUCCUGGUCCCUAUUUGUCAAAUGGUAUCACAUGGCCUAAAGCCCUAGAGACCCAAGUGAAGCAGAUACACUGGCAAGCAUCACAGUCCUCUGUGUGAGAUGCUUCAGCCUAUCUGGCUGCCUCGGAGGCCGAUGAGGAUACAGUCUCAUGGAAGAGAAGAGAAAGCUCAGACUUUUCCUGCCUUCCAGCCUAACUCAGCCACAGACAUAGAAACACGGCAUUACACAGAGCGGAAGCUAGCCUCUUACAUAGCCUAAAGGAGUUCUGAAGAAUCCCUAAGUGGUCAUGCUGAAAAAGAGAUUUGUAUCUCAACUGUCAAGAAGUCCUAGUCAGCAUCAGAAGGGGGAAAGUUGCCCUUCUCCCGUCGCCUUGGUUGCUGCUUCUGUCAGCUGCUCACUCCAUGUCUUCCCCUCUGUGCAAGGAAUCAGGGCCAGCUUGAGAGGGCUCUGUGGACAGAGAGUGCUGCGAGCCUACCAAGUCUGGCCUGCAAGCUUCGCUCAGCCCCAUUUCCCAGCUCUGAAGCUUUCAAGUCAGUGCAUGGUGUGUGUAAGCCCCAAGACCUAGGGUUCCAGGUUCUGGAUUUCUUUUUCCAUGACUUCGGCAUGGCCAGUUCUGACAACAAGCUCUUCAAGAGAGCUGAGCUGACUUGUGCAGAAGCCUGUAUGGUCUCCAUUUCUGAAAGCACUCACUCAGAAGGAGCUUACCGCGUGGGCAUCUGCAGCCAGGGCAUUGCUAAGAGCCCUGCAUGGUCUCUUUCUGUAGGAACUGCCUGGCCUAGAAUCAGGGUAUUAAACUGCUGGAGACAAAUUAGUUAGGACUAAUACACACAGCUUUUGAAAACUACUACUUAAAGCUGGGCAUGGUGGUACAUACCCUUAAUCCCAGUACUUGGGGAACAGAGGCAGGUAGGUCUCUAUGAGUUGAAGGCCAGCCUUCAACUCUAAAUAGCAAGUUCUGGACCAGCCAGGAUUACAUAAAUGAGACUUAGUAUCAAAAACAGUGAAAACUCCUCGGCCAUGUUCCCAGGGCUGAUCAGUAAGAUGGCCCAUUACUGAAUGGAGUCAAAAACAAAAACAAAGCACAAAGCUCCUGGGUUCAUGGACUGUGUCUGCAGCAGCCAGGCUUGGGGUUUUCCAUUGAGAAGAUUAAAGCAUGUUAAAUUCAAGGGCUCUUGCUCACUGUCCUGAUGAGUCAUCAUCUAUCUCUGGCUGUGGGCUGCUGAACUUCACAAGACAUUUUGAACAGGCUUUGGGAAUUGGACAGUUUUUCUGCUACUCCCCAGCUAUGGAUACUUGCUCCAUGGUCCUUUACAGAUCAAUACCAUGCUUACCACUUUUUAGAUGCUGUUUCUUGCUCCUGCAGCUGAAUGGCAGAAGACCACAGGCCAAAUCAGGCUGGCUGGAUCCUGACGCUUGCAACAGGACCAGGCCUGUUUGGGAUCAUAUAGGACAGCUGGCCUCUUCUCCAUAAGCAUCUGUUUUACCAAAUCGAGGGCUCGUUGCUCCAUAGUCCGUUGUUACAGAAGCUCAUCCCAAACCAAUGUCCAUACUCUCUCCUGAAGUCCCCUGCAGUGUGUAUAACGGUGCACUUUCAUCUACCUAGUUAUAAUCCCUUUCCAAGCCUUUCUAUCACUGUGACUGUCUGAAAUUCUGCCAAGUACAAAGAUUAAUGCCUGGCUCUGGUGAGGGUAUGAGAAAGUGUUCUAAACUUUUCCAUCUUGGCUGCCAAAAAUUAAGAUCAAUGCUUUUCCCAACAACGUCCAUCCUGAACUCCAACCAAGAAAGGCUUGGGUUACAUAUAUGCUUCUCUGAAGACCACUUGCCCCAAGCCUGGUUCUCGUCCAGCAGUUCUCUUCCCUGCAUUCAUAAUUAAAUAAGUGGACAUCAGGAUGACAGCAGGGGCAGAGUUGCUGAGAGUGGCUUAUCUCUGCAUAACCUUUCCAGGUCUGUUCCUUGGCCUCCUUCCCUGAGGCCAACCAUCCCCAGCAAAACAUUUAACAGUCACUCCUAUGGUAUCCCAGGGAUGGAGCAGUUUCCUCACUCCUAGGUACUGAUCCAACUGAAGUGCUCUUCUGUUGAGGCUAGCUGCAGCAGAAGCCAUGACUAUACGGCCUCCUCCUCCCCCGCGCAACCUGGGCUGGCGGGGUAGACACUUGCCUUUCUGGCCCUAGCACCUCCCUAUGGGAGGCCGCCUGGGCCUUGUUUAAAUGGCCAAGUCUCGGAGUUGCCCCACUCCUAUCACCAAAACAGAAAGCACAGAAUUCAACUGCCUGGGAAGAGGGCACUUCACUGGGAAGUGAGUUCCAGGGUUGUCCCAUGCCUUAGCUCAAAGCACAACAGUCAUUGUAGACAUCACAGUUUCCGAAAGUGCAGAAGGCACUGGUGCUAAGAGAAAGGCUCAGAAGAAACUGGUAGGGGCCCAUCUAACCAUGACUACCCAAGAGUCAAAAGUAGGCAACCUUGGGGCACUAAACUUGAGCUGGAAGCAAGCUUUGGUAUUCCGUGUCUCCUUCCAGCCAGCAGAGUGAAAAUAACACACAGUCACGCACUGCAUAUGUAUAAAAAGAGACACAGGUAUAUGGGGUCAUUCACAGACCAGAGCAUGGAUAAUAGUGUCAGGUCUUGUCUGGAUCAAUGAUUAAGAAGCCCAGUUCCAUUCUGGAAAUCUAUUCUGAGAACUGUGUCCUUCGGCAAGUUCUUCAUAGUGCAAGCAUUGAAGAGUGUGCUCUUACACAGGCUGAGACAGCUACCAUGUUACUGGGCAGUAUAACUUAUGGGACCAGCAUUGUGCAUGCCAUCUGUUGUUGGCUGAAAUGUCACUAUGUGGCACAUGACUAUUCUGUACUUGGCACUAAAAGGCAAAACAACCUUGAUGCCAAAAUUUCAGAGCAUCCUGGCAGCACCUGUAACAAUGGCCCCUUUCUAACCUGCCACUUACAGUGAAGUCAAAUCAUCAUGUUCUCUUUGCCAUCUGGAUUUAACUUGCUCACUGUAUCUCUCUUGGUCCUGGUUGCAGCCCAGACAACGGAGAUCUUAAGUGGGCAUGAUCAGCAUAUGGCCUGGUUCCAUAUGCUGAUUCCAUUCAGCCCUGGAAUAGGGUGCGGCCGAGCAUCCCUCGUGCUGUUUCUUGUCUGUUCCCAUUAUUUUUGGCAUCCUUAUAAAGAUGAUAGGUUACAGAAUUCCCACUAGACCAACAGUAAAGAAAAGCUGCAUGCCCUAAUGGCCCACAGCAUGGAGAAGAGUGUCAGGUCUUAUCUAGACCAAUGAUUAAGAAGCCAAAUUCCAUUCCAGUUUAUAAUAGAAAGGGUUGGCCUUUCCAUAUCCAUAAUCGGCAAAGACCUUCAGGUUUAGCCUCCAAUCAUUAAUGGAUAUCCUUGGUUUGUUUCCAGCCGAACAGACUGGGAGGGAGGCUCUGAGAGCCCAUAAGUCACUGAGGAUCCAAGGCCCUCUGGUUUCUCAUGACUUCCCCAUGUAGUUUUCUGCUGAAGCCAAUGUGACAGUAAUCAGAGGGGACUGACCCCAAGCCCCAUAUUCCUGUCUACAGCUGCAUGCUCCUCCCUGUGGCUCAGCCUUCACAGCACUCCAAGCCGGAGCUCCCUGAGGCUGGGCACUGCAGAAACCAUAAUAAACAGAUUGUGAUGUUGUUUCUGCUGCUUGCUUCCUGUUGUUUUGGGGAUCCUCCCAUUUCUCUGGCAUGCCGCAUCACUGCCCGGUUCCUGGCCUGAGCAUAAACAGCACAUUGUAACUUUCAGUCUGUCUUCAGUAGUGUGUGUAUUGUGCAUGCGUGUGUGCACACAUGCAUGCCUACUGCCUGUCAGAGCACUCUUCAGGAGACCUAUUGCAGUGUAGUCCAGCACCUUCCCUCUCUGCUAUU